UCUGGUCCCAACAUCUGAUCCGGGACGGGCAAUUUGCACUAUGCCGCCUAGUCUGGAAGUCACGCAGGCACGGAACAAAACUCCUGUCUUCAAGCAACCCCUGGUUCAAAGGCGACUGGUGUUCGAUGAUGCUGUGGUAGAGCGGUCACCACAACGUACAAUCAGUAAUAACCACAAAGGCAAACGGGCUGUGAAGCCAAGAACUUAUGGCGAGGGACCACUACCUUUCAAGCCAUCGGAUACCGCUCCCAGGAAUGCCCGGAUAGUCGGUCGCGUUGCAGAACCUGGAAAGCAGCCGAUUUAUAGCUUGAAAGUCGGAGAUAUCCAAGUUGACGAUGUCUGCCUACAUGAUAUACUGGAGUACGUUUCACCUUACGAGCUGGAGCGAUACGAGCAUCAGCAGUUCGAGGAAGAACGCGAGGUCUUGAAUGCUUCGCUUGCUGCUGCCGCCGAAGAGGAGGAAAAGCGGAGGGAGCGCCAUAAGGGAAGAACUAAGCAGAAAGUUGUCCCCCAAUUUGAGGAGAUUGACAUUGACAUUGACGAAGCCGAUCACAAUGGAUCUGCAGGAGGUGCUGGUAGAGCCCGCCCUACUUACAAGCACUUGUUCCAACAGCUACAGAAACCUCGCCGUCGGCGCAAACGUGACCCCAUUACUAACGAACUGUUGCCUCUCAGUGACGAGGAAGUUCCUGAUAGUGGCGAUACUGGCAUGAAAAGUUCGGAAGAAGGACGACUUCCCUCUGUAUCUCGUGCUCCUGGGCCGGCAUUUAGCGAGCUUCAGAAGCGCAGACGUCGAAAGCGUGAUCCAAUCACCGGGGAACUUCUCCCACUAUCUCCUCUGCAAGAAUCGGUGCCGCAGGAAGUCCCAGAGCCGCGAAUUAGUCAAAGUCCUGCCCUGGCGAGACAAGCCAAGGAAUUUUUCACAGGGCUGCGAUCGGAAAAGCGUGGAAGGCGCAGACGGCAUCCCGUGACUCAAGAGCUUAUGCCUCUUGGCUGGAAGUACGAUCCUAGUGCAGAAAAUGAGUCGCAUGAUGGAAGACACGAUGGCAUGAGUCCUUCAAUAGAAAGAUUGAGCAUCUCUCACGAGCAGCAGCCAAAGCGAGUCAAGUUGGCAUCAGAGUAUUCUGCGGACGACAUAUCUCGAGAGUAUCGUUCCAUGAGCCCCUCGAGCAGAAAAUCUCUCUCAGGAAUACCGAAGCUCGACAACCAGCUAGUGGCCUCGACAAUAGAGGCAUUGGACGACGAUCGCGCUCAGGCACUACGGCCAGGCAUGUUGAAGUCGCCGCCCAAGACGUCGAUGCUGAACCCGACUGCGCAGAGCAGCUCCUCCGAGUCGUCGACAGAGCCGGUGACUUUAGCCUCAUUCUUGAAGUCGUCUGCCAUUCAACAGGAUCAAUCGGACUCUGAUGACUCCUGGAGCGACCGCCAGAAACCGAUUAUGAGAAAGACCAUGAUUGGAGGCAAGACCAGUAUCAUGAACCCUGUGGCUACUGAAAAGAGAGUGACAGACGACGACGACGACGACGACGAUGACGACAAUGGCAACGAUGACUCUGAUUUGGAAGAAGGAGAAUGGUUCGUCGAGGCCAUUGUUGGUCACACAUUGUCCGAUCCGAGAACACAUCCGGGCAAGCCUUCUGUCAUGUUGUACCAUACCAAAUGGGAGGGGCACCAAGAUCUGACCUGGGAGCCGGCAGAGAGCUUCUCUGAUCCGAGCACAAUUACCGAUUAUCGCAAGCGAGUCGGCUUGGACAGAGACAAGCAGGCCAGCAGGAGUCCAACGAUAGUGGUGCCCGUCGUUGCCUCUGGUAGCACCUCCCAGUCAGCGUUGGCAACCAAGGGAAGUACGGCCAGUACUACCAAACCUCCGACAGUGGGUUUCAGUGGCAACAAGCAGCAGAAGAUGAAUGUGGAAGAGGAGAUCAGUGAGAGUGAGGAUGAGGGAUGGGAGAUUGAGAAGAUCCUAGCUCACCAUAUGUCUGACCCCAGAACGCAUCCAGGCAAGCCACAGACGAUGCUAUAUCGUGUCAAAUGGGCGGGAUUUGAUGAGAGUCAGACGACGUGGGAGCCGAAGGAAAGCUUUCCAGACGUGGAUAUUCUCAAUGCGUAUCGUCGUCGGGUUGGUCUGAAGCCGGAGCCUCGACAAUGAUAACAAGACUACGCUUAGUACUUACCUAGGCAGUUCAGUGCUUACAACGAUAACCGUGAUAGGAUAUGACAGCAGUGAUUG